AUAAUUAUAUUUCAGAAGAUAUUACAAACUCAGAUUCAGAAAUAGAUGAAAUUAGUAAUAAAAUUAGUAAUAAAUCAGUUAUUAUUAAACUAUCUAAAUAUAAUUUAAGAAAAUCUAGAAAACUUAAUUAUAAUAAAACAUCAAAAAAGAUACAAGAAUCAAUAUUAAAUCUUACAGAAACUGAACAAAUAAUUAAAAAAUUAUUAAAAACAAUUGUUGAAACAUUAAAUUUUUAUUGA